UAUCUGUACUCUGUAAUUUCCAUUUAUAUUUUUAUUCCGGAGAAUUAUCAAUUUAUUAAUUUAGGUUAGCCUCGGACCGGAUUAUAUUAAUUUAGAACUUAAGUUAUGCCUUUCGGAGGAAUAAGUGAACUUUAAUAUAGGAUCAUCAUGGCGCUCCUAGGAGCUCAACUCGUUAUAACACUUAUAAUGGUUUCAAUCAUACAAAAGCUUGGCAAUUAUUCCUUUGCAAGAUGGUUAUUAUGUUCGCAAGGUUUAUAUCGAUACCUGUAUCCUGAUAAUAGUGAAUUAAAGAGUUUGGCGGGAGUUCCUAAAGAAAAACCGAAAGCCAAGAAGGGUGGGAAAAAUGAAUUAAAUGGAAAACCUGAAACAUUUCAUAUUCCUAGAAGCUUAGAUAUACAGUUGGAGACAGCUCCAGUAACAGCAUUAGACCUUGUACAUCUCCGUUUCUACACAGACUAUAUUUGGAUAGUGGACUUUUCAUUAUAUUCUAGCAUAGUUUAUAUAAUAUCAGAGAUUUACACCUGGAUAUUUCACCUUAAAGAUGAAUUUAAUCUGAGUAUGGUGUGGUGCCUCUUGGUGGUCCUCUUUUCAUUUAAAAUAUUACUCUCACUAACUAAACAGUACUUCACUAGUGAUGAGUCUAUCAGCGAAAGGUCUAUUUGCAUUGUAGCUUUCUGUGUAUUCCUUCUUAUUGCUAUGAUGGUGCUGAUUGUUGAUGAGAGCAAUUUAGAGGUUGGUGUUGAUCCAGCUUAUGACAGCUUUUUUGAAAAUGCUUCAAAAUUUCUGGAAAACCAAGGGCUAAGUUCUGUUGGUCCAGCAUCAAAACUAAUUUUAAAGUUAUCAUUGGCUACUUGGGCUGCCCUUAUUGGUGCUCUAUUUACAUUUCCUGGCUUGAGAGUUGCCAGAAUGAAUUGGGAUUCAAUAAGUGAUUAUGGAGAAAAUAAAGUGGCUGCUCUGCUUUUAAAUGUUAACUUUGCCAUGCCAUUUGUCCUCGCUCUUAUGUGGGUUAGACCUGUCACUCGGCACUAUUUAACUGUCCGUGUGUUCAGUGGCAUGACUGAACCGAUCAUGACAUCAAGCCAAUUCGACUCCAUGCGUCUGAUUCUGGUCAUCGUCACAAUGGUACUCCGGGUAAUUCUGAUGCCGCGUCAGCUCCAGGCUUACUUAGAUAUGGCGCAGAGGAAACUUGACGCUCAGAAGAAAGAGGCUGGGCGUAUCACUAACAUAGAGCUUCAGAAGAAGAUAGCAUCAGUGUUCUACUAUCUAUGCGUAGUGGCCCUUCAAUAUCUGUGCCCCGUGGUGAUGUGUGCCAACCUUGCGCUGAUGUACAAAACCCUUGGUGGGUUCACGUGGACUGGCAUGGACUUGGAACCGGUAGUGCGGACAGUGCCUACCGAUAGUAUGGAACAGUUUCAAAUGGCGUGGGAGAAUUUGAAAAUGAUAUUCACAACGGAGGUGUACCGUGGUGUACUAGGCUUCAGCACCUGGUGGUGCUGUUUCGCAUGGUUUGUCUCCACAUCCCUCGGUGCCAUGUAUCAGAGUUACUUUAGAAUCUCAUGAGAUUUUAUAAACAAAGCUAGUUUUAUAAGUGCGCUUUAGAAAAAUAUAUCCAAAAAAAUAUUCAUAAAAAAUAAAUAUGUUUUAACUUUUUUAUCUUAGGUGAUAGAGAAUAGACGGAGACGAAUGAGCACUUUAGCCAAAUCUAUCUAAUUAGACUGAAUUAUUUUUUAUGAAUAUGUUUAUAGGUAUACAAUAAUAACUCAUGUUUCUUUAUACUAUGUUUGGCAGUUUAGUGUGUGGAACUCAAGAAAAGCGUGGCUAAUCUAUAUGAAAUGUCAAAAUCUCCUACGAAUUAGUUUUGUAAGUUAAAUGAUGUUUUUUAUAUUUUAUUUAUUUUAAUAGUGUUGAGUUUUUGGGUAUGCGUUUUAUGUUUGUUUACCUUAUUACCUAAAGAUGUCAACUGGUUGUCGUCAUCUAAAAAACCUAUUUCACAA